AUUAUGUGUCAAAAGAAGGGAUGUUGGAAUCACUCUUUUAAAAGCUCUGGCACGAUGUCCAGCAGUCCCCAAACUCAAGCUUUCUAACUUUGGACAUUUACGUGAGUGAGUCGGAACAGUACUGGCAGAGGGGUAAACCGAAAACUGGGGUAAAUAAACACAGAUGAAACUUUCAGCAUGCUUCUCAUUCUGAUCUGUCCAGAGCUGAGCAAGGAGUAGGAAACAGUUUUUCCUCUGUGUCGUCUGGACAGUGCUGGAUUUAAUCCAGCACAUUUCAUUUUUUUUUUGGCAAACAGCACUACAAGUGCACUGUUGUGGAAACGAUCUCCCUGGAACGACCCAUCAAGUUAAAGAAAACGAAAAGAAAGAAGCGGAGAGGCAGAACUUUGAACUCAUUGAAAACACCACUAAAGUCUGGACAAGUGCUAAUCCCAUUGAAGAACUUUCAACCAACCUGCUUCCAGGAGUUUCCGCGCCAUUCCAUCCAGUUUUGGAUUAUAUAUUUGCACCAUCAGUGGUUCUCCUGGAAUGGGCUGGCUGCUGUGUUACUUGGCAGCAGCUAUAGCUGUGGCGAUUGGCAUGGAAAGAUCGCAGCACCGGGUGCAACAUGGCCCCUGCAGCUAUACUUUUAUCCUACCAGAGGUGGAGCAAUGCCGGCCUGCUGGGAACUCCCAGGUGACCAAUUCUCUCCAGAGAGACUCGCCCUCGCCACCAGAGUCACCCCAUGCUGAGCCCACCUGGCAGAAGAGGAAGCUGGAAAGCUUAGAGAGUGCCACAGAGAACAAUACACAGUGGCUACAGAAGCUGGAGAACUACAUUCAGAAAAAUGUGCGAUCGGAGAUGGAACGAAACGUCAUUCACACCCAGACGGCAACCAUGCUGGAGAUAGGAACCAACCUUCUCAGCCAAUCAGCAGAGACCACACGCAAACUGACAGAUGUGGAGACACAGGUAUUGAACAAGACCAGUCGUCUGGAGAUACAGCUGCUUGAAUACUCACUCAGCACCAGCCGCCUGGAGAAGCAACUUCUGGAGCAAAUUCAGGAGGUGUCCCGUCUCAAUGAGAGAAACAGCUACCUGGAACAUCGGUUUGCUGCUAUGGACGCCAGACAUAGCAGAGAGCUUCAGGUCAUCCAGCAGGAGAAGCAGCAUCUGCUGGAUCAACUGGACAGGCAGAGUCACCUGGUCACCCUCCUGGAGGGAGAACUGGCCAGCUCCACCCGUAACAGCACCCUGCUCCAGCGCCAGCAGGCCACAAUCACGGACACAGUACAGCAACUACUGGCUAUGGUCACUCACUGUAACGAUAUUUCUGCUCCUGUUGAGGAGACUGUGAAGUUCAGAGACUGUGCAGAGAUAUUUAAAUCUGGAGUCACAGAGAGUGGAAUAUAUUACAUUCAUCUUAACAACUCCACUCAGAAAACUAAGGUAUUCUGUGACAUGAAGACCAGAGGGGGAGGCUGGACCGUCUUUCAGCAUCGCUAUGAUGGAUCAGUAGAUUUCCACCGUGGCUGGAAAGAUUACAGACUGGGAUUUGGAGAUCCAUCAGGAGAACACUGGUUGGGAAAUGAUGUUCUCCACCUGCUUACCACAUCCAAAGUCUACACUCUCCAGGUUCAUCUUAAAGAUGCGGAAGGACAUCAAGCUUAUUCUCAAUAUGAUCACUUUCACAUUGAUGGAGAGGAAAAGAAGUACAGUAUCCAUGUGAUGGGAUUUAGUGGUACAGCAGGACGCACCAGCAGUCUUACUCGCUCUGGCACGAUGUUCAGCACUAAGGAUCAAGACAAUGACCAGUGCAGCUGCAAGUGUGCGCAGAUGGCCACUGGAGGGUGGUGGUUUGAAGCUUGUGGUCCAUCCAAUCUCAACGGGAUUUACUAUUCUGGAAACUUCAAUGUUGUGCGUUAUAAUAGUAUAAAGUGGUACUAUUGGAAAGGGCCGAGCUGGAUGGCAACCAUGACAACUAUGAUGGUGCGUCCUGUGGACUUCUGAAAGCAGGAAGAGACUGUCAUAAAUGGGUCAGUUGACUUUACAGAUUGUGCAAACAUGUUUAUGGCACCUGUGAAAAUUAUGGACAACUUGAGCAUUGGACAGCUUGCACUCGUGCCAUUGUAGACAUUCAAUCUGUCUCAAUUUUGUUUGUUUAGUCUGGCGAAUCGGGCACAAAUUGCACCAUAAAGGUUUUUAUCUCCCUGUAUAGCAAAGCUUUUGCCAUGUAAAACGCAAUGAACUGCAAUAGCCGAUCAGUGUUCAGUAAUGGCGAGUUCAAGCCUGAUUUUAAUGCAGAAAAAAAUCAUCCUUUCCAAACUCAUGAGACCUCCUGACAUGUCGUCUUUUUAAAUAAAAUGCUUGUAAAGGGGCUAAGAGGAAACGUGUAUAGGACAAUGAAACCAGGAGUAUAUUUACAG